AGAGGCAGAAAGCAGGCAAGCUCCUUCCGACAUAAACACUUUCCCCCCAUUUCUUCAAGCCUCACUGCGUCAUCAUUACUCCCUUCACGUGCUUGGUUGCACCGCAACAGGGAGCUCCUUCCCCGCGAGUGACAUCAUGCAGCUAUGACAAGCUCUCAGCGUCAAGACAUAAGUUACAAGAGCUUUCCUUUUCUCCUUCCGAUUGUUCAUUCCACUCAUACUCACAUUCAGUUUUAUCAAUUGACAAUCUCUCUCUUCAAGCAACCACGAACAACUCAACCUUUCCCACCAACAAAACAACCCAUCACCACCAUGUCUUUCCUCACCAAGAACGUCAUCCGCCGUGCGGCUCUCGCUCCUCGCGUCAUUGCUUUCCAAGCUCCCCGAACAUUCACCACUAGAUUCGCCCUGCAGCGAACUGCUACCGAUGCUGUCAAGGACACUGCUCAAAAGGUCGAUCGUGUUGUGAGCGAUAAGAUUGUCGAUGGCAUUGAGGCUGGACAGGAGGCUGCUGCCACCGUUACCAAAAAGACCCAAGAGCUCAAGGGAGAUGCUUCUGCUAAGGCUCAAGAGCUAAAGGGUGAGGCUGCUGGCAAGACCGAGGAGCUCAAGGGCGAGGCCAAGGGCGCUGCUGAGCAGGCCAAGGGCAAGGCAAAGGGUGCCGCUGAGGAGGCUAAGCACAAGUUGUAAGCGAAGAAAUGCUUCAACUUGUCAAGAUCGAGAAGGGAAAUAAUAAAUAUCAGACCCAAUGACGGUCUGUUGUACAAUUACAAGCCAUGCAUCAUACGGUUAGGCGAUCAAUCAUAAUGCAUUAUUUUUUUUCCAUUCGA